AUGGCUAGCCUCAGCCUCGCCUGCUGCCUGCUGGGCCUCCUGGCUCUGACCUCCGCCUGCUACAUCCAGAACUGCCCCCUGGGUGGCAAGAGGGCCACACUGGAGCUGGAUGUGCGCAAGUGCCUCCCCUGUGGCCCCGGUGGCAAAGGGCGCUGCUUCGGGCCCAGCAUCUGCUGCGGGGACGAGCUGGGCUGCUUYGUGGGCACAGCCGAGGCACUGCGCUGCCAGGAGGAGAACUACCUGCCAUCGCCCUGCCAUUCUGGCCAGAAGCCCUGCGGGAGCGGGGGCCGGUGCGCAGCCGCUGGCUUCUGCUGCAGCUCAGAUGGCUGCCGCACCGACCCUGCUUGUAACCCCGAGGUCGCCUUCUCCCAACACUGA